AUGAUGGCAUCGCCUUUCGCGUCCACCAUUUGCAUACCUUCGUGCAUCGGCCUCCGAAGAGGAUAUCGCCAUGGUGGAAUCCACCCAGCUAAUGCGCCUCUACGGAGCUCGUGGAUCCAGCAUCACCUUUUCGCCAGCAGCCACGGCAAAUCCCUUCCACAGCGCAAUUUAAGUCACUGUCGUCCGCCUGAUCAUAAGCGCAAGCUUGUGUCGCAGAGCUGGAGAGUGGGGAUAACUCUUUCGGUUCUAGUACCACAACACCAGUGUAAUCCCCAGCUAGUGAUCGCACUGUCUUUCGCCCGCCACCAUGAUUCGCACAACUUGCCCACUUGCUCCCCUUCGUGCAUCGACUCGCGGAGAAGGUACAACAAGUACCAAGCUCGUGGAUUCGGUCUUCGCCAGCUCACAUAUAUCGAUCGUCUGAUAGGUUGCGCCCAGCGUGUGGUUGUUCGGCUAUCCUCCUCCACCGAAGCUCAGAGCUGCUCGAUAACCUUCUCGUCGACGACCCACUCCGUCCUUUGCGAUGUCUCAAGUCGAGCAAAGAGUAGAACCAAUGCCUGUCGAUCUGGGCCUCGCCCUGACCUCUACCUACUAUUUGAAAUUGCCUCUACGUGGUCAACUGUCUUCUUACUUCUUCCAGGCGUUUUUCACGCGCCGCUACGUACACACCACCCAACUACCCCAAUCCCUACUCGUAGUACAAGCAAUUAUUAUAUCAUGUCUCUCGUUGACGUUGGACUCAGGCAUAGAUACUGCAUACAUUCACUGUCCGAUACCAUUUCAUCUUCUAGAUACGCCUUCAUUUCUACUAGAAGAACUUGUGUCUCGACUGUGGCAGACCUAAGUAUCACCAAAGUUCGUGUCGGUAAACAAGCAGCCGUCUAUAAUGACGCUCGUGUGUUUCAACCGGGUGGUGGUGGAGUCUACAGCGUAGGAGGAUCACUGUCUAUCGCUCUGCAGCUCGUCCAAGUGCGGUUGGAGCUGGUCCUGAUGAGCCGAAUCUAUCGUGCAGUCGUCGCAUUUGGUCAGUCAGCUCUGCUGUCUUCUCUGUCUCGCCAUUCCGCACCUAGGCUCUACAAGCCUCUUACUCGUGCGAAGGACGUCUUCGCGUAG